CGAGCGGACGUCCCGGAGUUGUGCAAUAGAGCGGCCUCAGAGCAUAGAUAGUAACAGAGUUGGAGGGGACCUUGGAAGUCUUCUACUCAACCCCCUGCUCGAGCAGGGGCCCCUCCCUAUGCCAUUUCGAUUGUCCAGUCACUUUUUGAAAGCCUCCAGUGAUUGUGAGAAGCCUCCAGCGAAGCCUUGUCUCCCUAAACUUCAAGGCCUGAAGAGCCGGAAAAGAGGAGCGCCGCGCCGCGUCACGUAGCUGGCAGCGGGAGAAAUCCCCGCCCGGCUCCUCGGGAAGAAGAGGGCGCAAACUGGGUCGCCUCCGCUUUUCCUUUCUGGCUUGGGAAUGUUUUCCUAUGGUGACCCGCUUGACCGCUCCUCCCGGCCGUCGCCCGCGGUCGGCGGCGCCGUGCGUCAGUCCUGUGAAAGCUCAGCUGCGCGCGGGGCCGCUCCCGUGACGUUGCCGCUCCCGCUCGCCGCAUCUUGCCGGCUGCGCCUCUCCGACCUCUCAAGCGCGCCCAUUUGGCCGAGGCGGAAGGCGAACACCUGGCCCGAGCCCUUUCGUCAUCCGCGCCCUUUCGCUCCCGGCCGCGGCUGUGGACUUGGCCCGGGAGAGGCUACUCUGAGAGACCGGAGGGAAAGACGCAUGCCCGGAGUUUGCCGCGGAGGGAAGGCGCCUUGCCAUGCGAAGGGCUUCCCCGCUCUUGAGAGGAAGCGAGCCGGCCCGGUAAAUAUGGUCAGUCAUGUCGUGGCUGGCUUGCUGGCUGGAUGAACUCCAGCGGUUCUCGCUGCUCUCCUUGUUUACAGCCGCUUUGGCCGUCCUGACCGUCUACCUGGUGCAAUAUGGCCUGAGCGUCCUGCGGCAAGGCGGUGGGAAGCCGCCUCCCCGGCCGUCGCGCCCGGGACUCCUACAAGAGGACGAGGGUCGCUCCCUUUUCACCUGGUUGCUGUCCCUGAGCAGCUGGAAGAGCGAAUGGCAGAAAGCCUGGAUCGCAGCGCUGAACAAGGAAGCCGGAUUGCGGGAGAACACCUGCUUGUUUACAUUUGAUGAAGAUGCAGCUCAUCAGAAUCAAGAGCUUGCAGUACAAGGAAUAAUAAGUGUAGUAAAAUCUGCUGAAGAAAAGGUGGUUUCCUGUAAUGUAAUUGGAAAUUCCUUCCAUUUUCUUGUCAGUGUAUCUCAAACUGCACCUCUUACUGGAGAAUGUCAGGCUUACAGUGUAAAACUAUCUCCACUUCAUUUGCAGCUGAAACUUUCAGCAAAAUCCAAAGAGGAAGACAUCCAGAUCAAGUGGUCUUUCAUCUACUCCUCUGAAACAAAUAUUGAAGUCAAACCUAUUAAUGUGCAAAAAGAUCAGACUCUUGGGACAUGCAUUGUAUUAGAAACAUUUAAAAGUGUGUUGCAGAAUCUCAUCAGUUGCACAUCACCUGUUAUGAUUCUGAGUACAAGAUCUACUGAUAUAAAAGGAAUACAGAAUACAGGGGCCAUUCUUCAGGGUGCUAGUCCUCCUAAGCCUCCAAGGGCUCAUGACCUAAAACUGCUCAUGAAAAACAUCAAAGCAACACUUGCCAAUCAUAACAUUGCAGGUAUCAUUAACCCCAUUUGUGUAGUUCAACUCAAUGACCCUUUGCAGAAAUUUUGUAGCACUUUUGCCAAUUAUCCCAUGGACCUUUCUUGGAAAGAGGAAUUUAUUUUUGAAUUAAAUGCCAAAUCAAAAGAGCUGCAAAUAAACAUUACAGAAAAUGGAGAGUUGGAUGGUGACUCUUCCAUUUCUGCUAAUGUUCCUUUGGAUCUAUUCAGGAAACAGCCUUCUGGACAGCAAAGUUUUGCAUUGAACAGCCAAAUCAGCAAUAAUAGCUCUGCAGUAGGAUCUGUGUCUGCAGAGUUCUUGUACAUAGAACCAUCAGAAACCAAAUCACUGCAAGUUCCUGCCAAACUUCCUGUUGCAAAAGUAGAAAAGGAUCGAACUGUGAUGCCUUGUGGGACUGUGGUCACUACUGUAACUGCUGUGAAAGCCAAGACUUUGGUGGAAGGGAGAUCAUCCAUUCUGCAUUCAGUUUCCCCAGUGCAAAGUCCUGCUAAACUGAAAGGGAUUGAAAAGGAUUUAUCCAUUCAAGCAAUCCAUUGUCAGAAUGUUUCAGUAAGCAAGGCUUUAUCUUCCUCAGAUACUGAGUUACUGGUGUUGAAUGGCACAGAUCCUGUGGCUGAAGUAGCCAUUCAACAGCUCAGUGAAUCUGCAAAGCAAAAGUUCAAAUCUCCCAGAAAAAAAAGCACCAUCAUAAUAUCAGGGAUUUCAAAGACUGAUUUAUCUCAGGACAGCAAAACUGCACUAAUGAUGGACUAUGCAGCAGCCAUGGAUGGCUCCUGUAACCAGGAUGAUACUUUUAGUUUUGAAGGGUGUCUUGCACAAUCCCCUUCAGAUGAAAAAGUAUCACUAGCUGCCUCCCAAAUGAUAUCUGCCCUUGAAGAACCCCAGGAACACAGCCAUGGUGCCUGGACCUUAGAUGACAGUCGCCAUCAAUGGCACAACAAUGCACUACUAGACCAAGACUGUGAUAAGAUAUCAGGGAGCUCUGUAAGCAUCUCAGAAUCUGAAAUUGUGAAGAAGUCCAAAGGUGGAAUAUUAAAAAAGAGUGCAAAGUUAUUUUUUCUUCGAAGACACCAUAAAAAAGACCCAGGAAUGAGCCAAUCACAUAAUGAUCUCUCCUACCUACAGCAAGCCAGAUCUGAUGGUACUCAAAAGAAAGGAGGAACCUUAACACGAAUUCUAAACAAGAAAACUAUUUUUAAGAGCAAAACCAAACUGAAUGGUUCAUCAGUUGGACCACAUGUAUAAAUUCUAGAACCUGCCAAAUUGUAUCAGCUGCACAUGACUUAUUGUUUACAGAAAAAUGAACUACCAUAUCCUUUAAGAAGUUCACUAGCAAGGUGGUUCACAGAAGAUAGCAAAGUAUAGAUAGGGAAUGAUUGGAGUUAGAACUAUGGUUACUAAACUGUAGAGAAUAACUCAUAUUUAUUUGGAAAUUAGCUAAUUUAAUUCAGUAGGCCUUGGUCUAAAAUAUAAUUUCUAGAAAUUAGGUUUAAAAUGCAUUUUUGCUUGAAAUUCAAGUAUAGCUGAGCGUUACAAUGAAAAACUAUUGCAUUAAUACAUAUCUGUAGUGGUUGCACUUUUAAAGAGCCACAAUGCAAAUUUUAAAUGGGCUAUUGUGCCUGUGGGAAAAUGGAAAAAACAAGAAAUUGUGAUAAAGGCUGAAUGAAUUAAGAAAAUUGUAGGAGAGAUCUGUAUUAGUUCAUGAGAUCCAAAAAUCAGAUGGAGUCUGGAUUCACCUUUGCAGACUAACACAUAUUAUUAAUAUGCAUAAGCUUUCAUGAACUUGAUGAAGGCUGAUGAAAUAAACUGCAGCUCAUGAAAGUGUAUACCUUUUAAUGAAAUCUGAAAAUAUGCUACCAUAUUCCUUCAGAUUUAUGAUGUGGGAAACAUUUUACUGUGCAAAUGUAUGUUUCUGCACACAUGUGUGCAUGCACUUUUGUGUGUGUGUAUAGGAACAAUUCUUGUUGUAUGCAUUGGAACUUAAUCCCAGAUAAAAAUGCAUAAAAUUUCAGCCUUAACAUGUUUCUGGAGGAAAAAUAAAAUAUUGACUUGGGAAACGCAAUACAGUAGUUGUUAAACACAUAUACCGUAUAUACUCGAAUAUAAGCCGAUCCGAGUAUAAGCCGAGGUCCCCAAUUUUACCCCAAAAACUGGGGUAAACUGGGGACUCGAGUAUAAGCCGAGGGUGGGAAAUGAGGCACCUACCGGUUGGGGAAACCCUCCU